AAAAUUGCUUCCUAUAAUUAUAUUUUCCCCCCCUUGCAUUUGACUUUCGAUGCUCCACAGAUCACACUCACUCAUGGCAUCUCUCACAGAUCGUUUCAAAUAUGACCUUUUUCUUAGCUUCAGAGGCGAAGAUACUCGCCAUGGUUUCACCGGCAAUCUUUGGAAAGCACUGAGUGACAGAGGAAUUCACACCUUCAUGGAUGAUGAAGAACUUCAAAAAGGCGAAGAAAUCACACCAUCACUCAUCAAAGCUAUUGAAGAUUCCAACAUGGCUAUCAUCGUUCUUUCCAAGAACUAUGCAUCUUCAACCUUUUGCUUAAAAGAACUAUCCACCAUCCUUUAUUCGAUUAAAGAUAAGGGUCGGUGUGUUUGGCCGGUUUUUUAUGAUGUGGAACCUUCUGAUGUGAGAAAGUUGAAAAGGAGUUAUGGUGAAGCAAUGGUUGAACAUGAGGCAAGGGAUCAUAGUAACAUGGAUUUGUUGCAGAAAUGGAAGAAUGCUCUGAACCAAGUUGCUAAUUUGUCUGGCUUUCAUUUCAAAAAUGGGGAUGAAUAUGAACAUGUUUUUAUUGGGAAGAUAGUUGAACAAGUCUCAAGGGAGAUUAUACCUGCUACUUUACCUGUUCCUGAUUAUCUAGUUGGACUCGAGUACCAAAAGCAGCAUGUAACAUCCCUUUUGAAUGAUGGGCCUAAUGAUAAAGUCCAAAUGGUAGGGAUCCAUGGGAUUGGUGGAAUAGGGAAAACUACCCUUGCCCUGGCAGUUUAUAAUUCCAUUGUCCAUCAAUUUCAAGGUUCCUGUUUUCUUGAAAAAGUUAGAGAAAAUUCAGACAAAAAUGGGUUGAUACAUCUCCAAAAGAUCCUUCUAUCUCAAGUUGUUGGAGAAAAGAACAUUGAGUUAACAAGUGUUAGACAAGGAAUUUCAAUAUUACAAAAAAGGUUCCACCAAAAGAAGGUUCUUUUGCUUCUAGACGAUGUUGACAAGGAGGAGCAAUUAGAGGCUAUUGCUGGAAGAUCUGAUUGGUUUGGUCGUGGCAGUAGAGUCAUCAUCACCACUCGGGACAAAAGGUUGCUAACAUAUCAUGGGGUUGAACGUACAUAUGAGGUGAAUGGGUUGAAUGACCAAGAUGCUUUUGAGCUAGUUAUCUUGAAAGCUUUUAAAAAUAAAUUUAGUCCAAGCUAUAAGGAUGCUUUAUUUGCACAGUAUGGUAGUCUAUUGGAUGUGAACAAAUUGCCUAGACUGAAAGCUUUUAAGACUGACGAAGUUUUUUCAGGUUAUGUGCAUGUUAUAUUACGUGCCAUAUCAUAUGCUUCUGGCCUUCCACUGGCUUUGGAAGUCAUAGGUUCUCACUUUUUUAAUAAGACAAUUGAACAAUGUAAAUAUGCAUUAGAUCGUUAUGAAAGGAUUCCUGAUAAAAAGAUCCAAACGAUACUACAACUUAGCUUUGAUGCUUUGCAGGAAGAAGAGAAGUCUGUUUUUCUUGACAUUGCCUGCUGCUUCAAAGGAUAUAAAUGGACAAGGGUAGAACAAAUACUUAAUGCUCAUUAUGAUAAUAUCAUGAAAGAUCACAUUGAUGUGUUAGUGGAAAAAUCUCUCAUUAAAACAAGUAUGUCUGGUAACGUGACAUUACAUGAUUUGAUAGAGGAUAUGGGGAAAGAAAUUGUUAGACAAGAAUCACCUGAAGAUCCUGGAAAACGCAGUAGGUUAUGGUCCUCUAAAGAUAUAAUUCAAGUUUUAGAAGAAAAUACGGGAACAAGUAAAAUUGAAAUCAUAUGUCCAAGCUCCCGGAUUGAAGUAGAAUGGGAUGAAGAGGCUUUCAAGAAGAUGGAAAACCUCAGAACACUAAUUAUUAUGGAUGGCCAAUUUACUGAGAGUCCCAAAAAUCUUCCGAACAGUCUAAGAAUACUUGAACAUCACCUAUAUCCUUCAUGGGGUUUACCGUCUCAAUUUUAUCCAAGAAAACUUGCCAUAUGCAAGAUUCCGUCUUACUCUACAUCAUUCGCGUGGGAUGACUUUUUCAAGAAGAAGUUCAAGAAUAUAAGGGUUUUAAGUUUUGAUCACCACAAAUCUUUAACACGGAUACCUGACAUAUCUGGUCUCGUAAAUUUAGAAGAACUUUCUUUUCAAGAUUGUGUGAAUUUAAUCACAGUCGAUGACUCCGUUGGGUUUCUGGGUAAUCUUAAAACCUUAAGAGCUAUGCGUUGCAUCAAGCUCAGGAGUAUUCCGCCUCUCAAGUUGGCUUCUCUGGAAGAACUCGAUCUUUCACAGUGUUCUUGUCUUGAGAGUUUUCCACCUGUGGUAGAUGGGUUGGUGGAUAAACUUAAAACCAUGACUGUUAGAAGUUGCGUCAAGUUAAGGAGUAUUCCAACUCUUAAGUUGACUUCGUUAGAAGAACUCGAUCUUUCAAAUUGUUUUAGUCUCGAGAGUUUUCCACUUGUGGUGGAUGGGUUUCUUGGAAAACUUAAAAUCCUACUUGUUAAAUAUUGUCGCAAUCUCAGGAGUAUUCCACCUCUCAGGUUGGAUUCAUUAGAAAAGCUUGACCUUUCACAUUGUUAUAGUCUCGAGAGUUUUCCAACUGUGGUGGAUGGGUUGUUGGAUAAACUUAAAUUCUUGAGUAUGGAACAUUGCGUCAAGCUUACGAGUAUCCCAUCGCUCAGGUUGACCUCAUUGGAACGGUUCAAUCUUUCACAUUGUCUGAGCCUAGAGAGAUUUCCAAAAAUAUUGGGAGAGAUGAAUAAUAUAACAGAAAUUCACUUGGAUAAUACUCUCAUACAAGAAUUGCCGUUUCCAUUUCAAAAUCUUACUCCGCCUCAAACAUUAUAUCAAUGUAACUGUGGAGUUGUUUAUUUAUCGAAUAGAGCUGCUGUGAUGUCAAAACUGGCUGAAUUUACCAUCCAGGCUGAAGAAAAAGUGAGCCCAAUGCAAUCUUCACAUGUAGAAUAUAUUUGUCUGAGGAACUGCAAAUUUUCAGAUGAAUAUUUGUCAACGGGUCUCAUGUUGUUUACUAAUGUGAAAGAAUUACACCUAAGUGAUAACCAAUUCAAAAUUCUUCCAAAAUCUAUCGAAAAAUGUCAUUUUUUACAGAGGCUUGUCCUGGAUAACUGUGAGGAACUUCAGGAAAUUGAAGGGAUUCCACCAUGCUUAAAAACAUUAUCUGCAUUAAACUGCAAAUCAUUGACCUCACCGUGCAAAAGCAAAUUACUAAAUCAGGAAUUACAUGAGGCAGGAAACACUUGGUUCCGUUUGCCACGAACAAGGAUUCCAGAGUGGUUCGACCAUCAAUGCUUGGCAGGAUUGUCUAUUUCUUUCUGGUUCAGGAACAAGUUUCCUGUCAUAGCUCUCUGUGUUGUUUCUCCAUCGACAUGGGAUGAUUCUAGGCGUCCUGUAAGAGUGAUCAUCAAUGGUGAUACAUUUUUCUAUAGGCAUGGUGAAAAUAAACGUUUAUCACCAGAAGUGUAUCAUCUACAUCUUUUUCAUAUGCAAAUGGAAAAAUUGAAUAAUAAUAUGGACAAAGCACUUUUAGAAAAUAAGUGGAACCAUGCAGAGGUUGACUUUGGGUUCCCAUUCAUGUAUAGUGGAAUCCAUGUAUUGAAAAAGAAAAGUAACAUGAAGGAUAUUCAAUUCACCAACCCAGAUAAAGAUGAUAAUAUUGAGCUCACUCAAUAUAAACGAAACUCUGAUUCAUUGGUCUCAGUCAUUGCUUCUGAUGUGGAUAAAUGUGAAUGAAAUGAACUCUUCCAAUCAUGAGACUUAACCAUAUAAUUGUAGUAUGCCUACAAAGAUAACACAUGCACAUUGUGUUCACUCCGGUUGUUGAAGUAGAAGAGACCCCUUGGUCACUCUUUUGGAAAACCAAUCCAAACCAAGCAGUAGAUAAUGGUGGAAACAUUGAUUACUCUUUAGGGAAAACAAACUAAAACAAUGAUGUGAUUCUAUUUGUUACAAUGUUUCUUCUUUUUUGUUGA